AUGAGCAAUAAUCAAUUGAAGUUCAGACUGUCAUCAUGGCUAACCUUGGGUUGCAUUACUUUGCUACAAGCCUUAAGUGCCCCCCGCUUCAUUUUCUCUGCUUGCGCAUCCCUGAUGGAACAAAAUUACCACAUCUCACAUGUGCAACUCAACAAUCUAAUUGUUGCUUCAGAAACAGGAAGGUUAUUUGGUUUCGUAUCGACAGCCGCUGCCACCUGUUUUCCUGCAUGGAUGAUCCUAUUCAUUGGCCUGGUUUUUGGUUUGGUUGGUUAUGGCGUGCAGUGCUUUUGUAUUUCACAUAGAAUUCCUGCUCUAUCUUUUUGGCAAGCUUUAUUGCUAAAUAUUCUUGCAGGGAACAGCAGCUGUUGGAUCAAUACUUACUGUCAAUUGUUAGCCACAAGAAACUUCAAGGACAGUUAUCGGACGAUAGUCGAAAUAACAUCAACUUAUUCAGGGUUGAGUGGAAAGAUAUUGACUUCUUUAGUCGAAGGAAUUGAAGGAAGGAAAGGCUCUACAAAUUCCAGUAUUUACCUCCUCUUGACUUGCCUGGUUCCUGUGGCCGCUGGGUUAAUUGUUGCUCUCGUUCAUAGUUGUCUCGAGUUCAUGGAAUAUGGGGACUCAGAUGUAUUUCCAGCCGUCUUCGUUCUCAUCAUUGCAACUGGAGUGUAUACAGUGAUCGAAUCCGUUGCACCAUUUUUCGGGUUUGUGUCCUUGCGAUUACGCGCAGUGAUUUUAGCACUGGUGUUAACCAUACCGUUUAAAGUUGCACUAUUGACAGCUGCUGCAGACUGGUUUUCAGCAGAGAAAUAUCACUCCCAGGUGACACGAACGGAGUCGAAUGACUCUGGCGAAUCAAACCCCGAAAAGGUAUCCAAAGAAGUCAAGAUUGCAAUAGGCGAAGAAAGAGAAGCUGAUCAAAAGGCAGGGGGGGAGGUUGACAGUGACGACAAGGGCUUGUUUAAAGCAGGAAAUGAUGCUGGUAUGAAACAACUACUGUUAAAUGUGGAUUUCUGGAUGUUCUAUUUGGUGAAUGCAUGUGGACCUACGCUGGGAAUGGAUGUUGUCUAUUAUGUUCCACUGGUAUACAAGGGAAAAAUCGGUAAUAGCCAACCCAGCGUUGACAGUGCUCCUAAUGAUCCCCAUGCCCAUUGCUGUCUUCUUGCUCCUCGACAGCAACAGAUGUUUAUACAUCAGCACCGGAAUCUUGGGAACCUGUUCAGGAGCCUUAAUUGCUAUAAAUUCAAUGACAACGUCUGA